AUGGAAUCCUACAAGGAGCUCACUUGCGAGUUCUUAGCUUCAAUGAGGUACCACAUGUAUGAUGAGGAAGAUAGAGCUGAUUUGGACCAAGGAUUGGGAUGGAUCACGUUCUUGGCUAAGGGAGAGAAGAGAAUGGUGACCUUUAGGCAGCUUGGAAUCUUGUUUGGGUUCAACUAUGGAGAAGGUACCAAGUGGAACUUCAAGGAAAAGGAACUCCAAAGGGUUUGGGCUACAAUCGCUGAUGGAGCCUACAACACUAGCAUCAACGAGGGAGGCGCUAAGUGUUGGAGGGCUCAUCACCCUAUCUUGUGUGCUGCUGGAGUGAACCCAACUGAUAGGAGAGCCACUGAACCAGGUUGGAUGGACAUCAAGUUUUGCAAGACCAACCUUCUCAUUGAGCACAAGGAGUUGGAUGGGAGAUUCCAAUUCAAGUUCACACAUCCAUUGGUUGGACCCUCCAAGCUUCUCCUGCCCAACCCAGAGCUCACCACAGUAGUAAGGGGUGAGAACAUUGACUUCAGACCCCCUGUGUACACUUAG